AUGCCGCAGAGGUCGUACUGGGGCAUAUUUGCUCUGAUGGGCCUAGCGACUGCCAUUAACGUUGGCUUCGUUGCAUGGGCUACGUACCGCCGCUACCAGGUCCGCUCGAAGAAGGACAUUCCGGCGUCCCCGCGGCCCUCCGGACGACUCUCGAUACGCCGUCUUCCCCACGCCAUCCUCUCGGCUUCUCGUAUCUGGGGAUUCCGGCUGCGUAUCCCGUACGUCGAGAUGACCCUGGUCGAGUUCUCCCUCAGUAUGAUGUAUAUGGCUGGAUGCUUGGCCUUCACCUUCUGCCCCAAUGACACCCUGAAGCCCAUGGUCAACCUCCUACCAAAGUACUGGGGGGCCAAGGCCGGUCUGUUAGGUGCGGCUCAGAUGCCGGUGGCCGUUUUCCUUGCCUUGAAGAACAAUCCGGUCACAUGGCUUACAGGAAUCGGACAUGAGAAGCUCAUUUUGAUGCAUCGUGUCGUCUCUCGGUGCAUCUUCGUCCUGACAUGGCUUCACUUCGUUGGCGAGUACUACCGAUCACCUGUGAAACUGCUGAGCGCGGGUUGGAAAGUGGCGGGCUUGGUCGGAGGCGUCGCACAGACGAUCACCACCAUCUUCGGCAUCAAGCAGAUCCGCCACGCCUAUUACGAGCUUUUCUAUUCUAGCCAUGUCGUCCUCAUUCUGCUCUUUAUCAUCACUAUACACGUCCACUGCAUCCCCAUGGAGUGCGAACAAUACGUCUGGCCCUGCUACGUCAUCUGGGGCUUCGACCGCCUCUUCCGCGGCUCGCGCUACGUCCUCUUCAACCUUAUCCUGCGUCCGAAGAACCGCAAGGCGCUCAUCGAGGAUAUCGGCUCGGAUGGUCUCCGCGUCACGCUCAAGCGCAGGAUCCCCGGCGGCUGGAAGGCCGGCCAGCACGUCUUCCUCGCGUUCCCCAGGCUCGGCAUCCAGUCGCACCCCUUCACGAUUGGCAGCAUCUAUGAGAAAGAGGAGAAUGGCGACGAGGCCAAGAUGAUCUUCAUCAUCCGCGCGAUGGGCGGGCAGACGCGCGAGCUCAUGAAACGCGCGAUGCCCACGGGGACAUGCGAGCUGAACGCACUCUUUGAUGGGCCGUACGGCCACCCUGAGGACAUCCGCGCGUUCACGACGUGUAUCUUCAUCGCGGGCGGCACUGGUGUUACUUACACUAUUGCCCGCAUGCACCAGCUGUUCAAGGAUAUCCAUGCUUCGGACGCUCGUGCGACGCGCGUCGUUUUCGUUUGGGCUGUCCGCACCGAGGAGGAAUACAACUGGGUCGCGUCGUACAUCCACAGGAUUGCUGCCCUUGCCCCUCCGUCUGUUUCCCUCGCCGUCGACAUCUACCUCACCGGCGGUGCCCGCACGGGCCAAGCGCUACCGGAGCUCGAGAAAGACUUCGACAUCGAAAAGGACACUAUCGUUACCUCCGCUUCCACGCCCACGCGCACCCGUUCCAACACCUCCGGUGGGGAGUGCAGCAACGAGAAGAUCGAGUCGGGCGUGAAUACGCCCCCCACCGCUGUCGAUGGCGUCUUCGUGUUCCACCGCCCGGGGGUUUCACGGAAAGACGGGCGGCCCGACGUGCGGAAGAUCUUGGAGGAAGAGAUCACCGUUUCCGAAGGCGCAGUCGCGGUAGAUGUAUCUGGUCCCGACGGCCUCGUCAGCACCGUGCGCUCCGCGCUCUCGGAGCCGUUCACCGGGCCUAUCGCAACGAUGCGCGGCACGCCCACCGUGCUGCUCAGCGUCGAGCAGUUCCGGAUGUGA